GGAGGGCGGGCCCUCUGCCACCCGGAGCAGCGCGUCAACCUCCACGCGGGGGCUCGCAAGCGCCAGGGGCGCUUCUAAAACACGCAGGAAAAGACGCACUGGGUCCGGGGGCUUAGCUUCCUUGGGCCCUGUUAGCCCAGCCUGGUAAGAAGAGGACUGUGCCUGUCCCUUUAAGGCUGACUCCUGUUCUCCUUGGAGGGAAAUAACGUGGUCACACACACACUUGGGACUUACCUUUUUGAACUUCCCCUUCUUUCCUUAACAGUGCAUACAGGUACCAAGUGUCCUCUACGUAAGUCGCGUGUUCAUAACAGAUGCUUCAUUGGUGCUGGAGUGGGAGGGGGAAGCGUCGGUCUAAAAGACAUGGUGUCCCAAACCAAAAUCAGUUUUACGUUUGUUCUGCUGUAUUUUUAAUCUUAAGCUUGUGCGAUUCAAGGGCUGACCCGAUACUUCUAAUAGAAGGAGUCCAGUGAGAAGGCAGGCUGUUAGAGACCCUGGGAUCCCGAGGGCACGAUCCGGAGAUGAUUAACACCCGCUGGAAGUCUGUCCCGAGUUCACACAAGUGGCCUGACAGGCAGUUAUAGUUUGUUAACCUCCACAACUCUUGGCAAGGCUUCAUAAAAGCAAGACCAGUGUUUGCCCUGGUAAUAACUCUGCCUUACCCACUAGAAUCUAAGCUUCCUGAAGCCGCAGACUUUUAUUUUGUUCAGGGUGCGUGCUUAAAGGUAAGGGAUUUAUUCAAUGUGUGAAAUCACUUUAAAGGUAAACCUUACUUUAUGUAACAGGCAUGUUCCCAAGGAUUUCUCUCAGAUUCAAAUGCAUGUAUAUUUGUUGUUCUAAAUUAUUAAAAGGCUUUUGUUGUGAAAAGGCUUCCUUUUUGAAAGGUUGUAUUUUCCUAAAUUGAUGCACCAACACUUCCAUCUGAAAUGAACUUACACUUGUGAAUCAUCUGCUACAGAGCUUACACUGUAAUAUUUUCUCACUGUGUAAUGGGAUUUGGAUGUGUCAGUGAGCCUUGGAAUUUUCAGCUUUAUUUCUGUUUUUAGAGACGCACAGAUUUCCAGUUGAGAUCAGUGUGGCAGCCAGACCCUUCCUUCCUCAUGAGGAGCAGCAGCUCUUGUCAACAGCAUCACUGACAGAACCUGUGUUUUGGAAAAGGACUGAUGGCUUUGAGCCUGGGUGGGAGAACAUUUGCACCAUUUCCUGUGAACCACUCUGGUGUCUUUCUGAAAGCUGUGAGAAGCAAUGGUCUUCCCUUGUUUCCCUGGAGACACAGCCCCUGGAGAAGAACUGGAAACGUUUUGGAUCCUGAGAUGAAAGCUUUCCUGGAAGAGAACACUGAAGUCACCAACAGAGGCAGCCUCACUCCUGAAAUCCGGUUGCGGCUUUUGACGCCAAGAUGCAAGUUCUGGUGGCAAAGAGCAGACCUGUGGCCCUACAGCGAUCCUUACUGGGCAAUCUACUGGCCAGGAGGCCAAGCCCUGUCUAGGUAUCUUUUGGAUAAUCCUGAUGUUGUCAGAGGAAGGUCUGUAUUGGAUCUUGGGAGUGGAUGUGGAGCUACAGCUAUUGCUGCUAAGAUGGGCGGGGCAUCGGAGAUCUUGGCCAACGACAUAGACCCUAUUGCAGGAAUGGCUAUCACACUGAAUUGUGAAUUGAACCAACUGAAUCCUUUUCCAAUUUUAACUAAAAACAUUUUGGAUUUGGAACAAGAUAAGUGGGACCUUGUUGUGCUUGGAGACAUGUUUUAUGAUGAAGACCUUGCAGACAGUCUUCAUCAAUGGCUGAAGAAUUGCUUUUGGACCCACAGAACUCGAGUACUGAUUGGUGACCCUGGGCGACCCCAGUUCAGUGGACAUAGCAUUCAACAUCAGCUGCACAAAGUGGUAGAAUAUUCACUUCCAGAGCCUACUAGGAAGGAAAACAAUGGAUUGACAACAAGCACAGUAUGGGAUUUUCGGCCUUGAGUUGUCCAAGUGCUUCUAAGAUGAACAUAGCUAUGUUUGGGUUUACUCCUAAGAGACCUGCCAGUUUAGAGCAUGCAGUUCCUGUUAAAUGGCAAAUCUUGUUUCCAAAAUGUGAAGGCUUAAAGUUUUGUCAGCCGUUGUCACGUAGUUCUGCAUUAUGCCAAAUGUACAAAUCUCUACCUACAAUUUUCUAGUUUUACUGCUGUAGGGAUAGAACUAUAAAAGACAGUACCAAAAUGGUAGCAACAUGUAAUUUAAGUAGUGGAGAGAAAUGAGAAAGUGUGGCAAAGUCUGUUCGUGUAGUUGAAGACAACUAUAUGAUAUAUCUUUGAAUUAAACACAAUACAAAAUAUAUAAGAAUGCUGUAUUUCCAAAAAAUUACCUGUAAAGAUCAAAGAUGCAGUUAGUAUGGUACAGAGUACACGGGCUUUGGAGUCAGGCAACUCUGUCACUUUCUAGUUGGGAUUUUCAGGUAGUUAAGCUCUCUGAGCUCUAAUUUCCUCAUCUAUAAAAUUGUAACAAAACUUGGUAAACCUCACCUCAAAGGCUAUUAUAUUAAAUGAAAGCAUAAAGUACAUAAUAUAUAAUAGGACCUCAAUGGACAGUCAUGCAUAAAAAUAAGGAUUCUAGAAUUUCCUACAUACUCUGUACUGUGACACCUUAUGAUGCCUCUUUAUGUCUCUCUAAGGUUAGCUAGAAAUUGGUUAUGCUACCACUACAUGUCCCAGGUUGUCAGGAUCUGAUAAAUCAGAAAAAACCCUAUGACAUAAGUGAGAAUGUAAAGAAGAAUAUGUACAGUAUACCACUAUUUAUAUAGAAAAGAUAUACAUAUGUACUUACAUAUAUGUUCACAUAUAAAAUACGUAUUUGCUUGCAACAUACAUAGACUAUCCCUGAAAAGAUAAAUAAGUAACUGGUAACAGUGGUUGCGUUCGGGGUAGGGUACCAGAUAGCUGGUAGACUGGGGUGGGAGGGAGACCUAGGUUUUACCUUUGGGUCUUAUAAUUUUGUACUAAUUAUAUGUACUACAUUUUCUUUCUUUUCCUUUUUUUUUUUUUUUUUUUUUCCUUUUUUUUUAAUGUUUAGUUUUGAGACAGUGAGCACGAGCGGGGAAAGGGCAGAGAGAGGGGGACAGAAAAUCUGAAGCAGGCUCCACCCUGACAGCAGCAAGGCAACGCAGGGCUUGAACUCAUGAACUAUGAGAUCAUGACCUGAACUGAUAUCGGACGCUCAACCUACUGAGCUUCCCAGGUGCCCCUAUGUACUAUAUUUUCUAUUCUCUAAUUUAAAACUAAACACCAGCAUCAUAUAUGUUACAAGUGAAGUAGAAGAUGCAGCCUUUCUAAUGUGCUCUCACAUUCUUAUACACUGCUUAGGAAUUGUUUAUAACAUACGCAUUAUAUGUAAGCUUUCUAAUAAUACAUGCAUGCCACUGGGAUUAGGGUACCAAGGAGAUGUGAUCAGUUAUAGUCAUACAGCAGAAAUGUGCAGAAAGCAGUAAAGAACAAGUUGUUGCUUAGAUAGGAAAAUAGGAUAAUUAGAUGGGAAUUUUGGAGCUGGGGCUGCAGAGGAACUUGGGAUUCUUGAACUUGGAUGUUAGAGUUUAUUCCAGCCUACUGAAACAACUCUUGUGCAUCUAAUUCCUGCUGGUUUACUGGGUCUCAAACAUUAUCAACUGUACAUUUUUAUUCAGCCUUGGUUAAAAUUAAUAGAAAUUAUAGGCUACAAUGGCAUUGGAUGAUAUUUGAGAGGAAAGAGUUUUGUUGACAUAUCCUUUGAAGAUUCAGAGUAUUCUGCUGGUUAUUGCCCUUCUUAGCAAGAUAAGAAAGAGAAAAUUGGAGAAAAUUACACUCUGGAGCACUGUGGAAAUUAACCUGAGACAAAGAGAAGAUUUAAGCUUAAAUAUCUACGAACCCUGCUUCUAUUAUCCUCUCUUGAUGAUUUAUUUGGAGGGCACAAGAAGGUCGUUGAGGUAUCCAAAUGUUACUUAUUUUAAAAUCUCCCAUGUAUAUAAUGGUGAGCCGUGAAUGACUUCAUAGUUUAACAAACAGGUUUGUAUUAAGACUAUUCACAUUUAGUGGUGCCUGGCUGGCUCAAUUAGUGGAGCAUGGGACUCUUGAUCUCACCCCACGUUGAGUGUAGACAUUACUUAAAAAAAUCCUUUUUUUUAAAAAAGGACCAUUCAGGGAGCGCCUGGGUGGCUCAGUCGGUUAAGUGUCCAACUUCGGCUCAGGUCAUGAUUUCACGGUUCAUGGGUUCAAGCCCCGCAUCGGGCUCUGUGCUGACAGCUCAGAGCCUGGAGCCUGCUUCAGAUUCUGUGUCUCCCUCUUUCUGCCCCUCCCCUGCUUGCAUGUACUCUCUCUCAAAAAUAAACAUUUAUUUUUAAAUUUUUUAAAUGUUUUUUAAUGUUUAUUUUUGAGAGAAAGAGAGAGAGAGAGAGACUGAGCAUGAGCAGGGGAGGGACAGACACAGAGGGAGACACAGAAUCCAAAGCAGGCUCCAGCCUCUGAGCUGUCACUGCAGAGCCGGAUGCGGGGCUCAAACCCACGAGCUGUGAGGUCAUGACCUGAGCUGAAGUUGGACACCUAACCAACUGAGCCACCCAGGUGCCCCAAAAAUAAACAUUAAAAAAAAUAAUAAAAAAGGACCAUUCAAUUUUAAAGUGGUUAUUGAUAUAGUUGGAUUAAUAUCUUCCAUAUUUGUAACUGUUUCCUAUUUGUUGCCCGAGUUCCUGGUUUCCUUUUGGUGUUCUACUCUUGUCCUGCCUUCUCUGCUUUAAAGUUUUUUUUGUUUAAUGUUUAUUUAUUUUUGAGAGAGAGAUGGAGCGAGAGACAGAGUGUGAGCAGGGGAGGGGCAGAGAGAGGGAAACACAGACUCUGAAGCAGGUUUCAGGCUUUGCGCUGUCAGCAC